AUGAGCUCCGCAGCGCCCCGCAAGGUCUUUUUCUCUCGGAAUGUGCCCUACGCCAUCGAGCAAUUCCGGCAGCGCCUGGCCAAAGCUGGAGUCGCCAACUCCAUCGCGGUGGAGCCUUUCGCCUCUGAGGAGAGCUGCAUCUCCCGAGAGGAGCUGCUCCAGCGAGUGAAAGGAUGCUCGGGGCUGUUCUGCCUGCUGACGGACAAAGUGGACGCGGAAGUGCUGGAUGCUGCGGGGCCGUCCCUUCGAGUCGUGUCCACCAUGUCGGUGGGCUACAACCACAUCGACGUGGAAGCCUGUCGAGCUCGCAAUGUGAGGGUGGGCUACACCCCAGGUGUACUGGAUGUCUCGACCGCCGAGACUGCGGUAGCGCUAACUUUUGCGGCUAAGCGUCGGAUCCUCGAGUGCGCUGCGAGCGCCAAGAACGGAGAGUGGGGAGUCUGGCAGCCGUUCCAGUACUGCGGCACCGACGUCACGGGCAGCACCGUGGGCGUUGUGGGGCUCGGGCGCAUCGGUGCAACCUACGCUGGUAUGCUCAAGAAUGGUUUCAACUGCAAGAUCCUCUACACGGGACCGCGCGAGAAGCCCGAGGUGGCCAAGUCGCUCGGUGGCGAGCCGGGCUCCGUCGAGUACGUGGACAUGGAGACGCUGCUGCGUGAAAGCGACAUUGUGAGUCUCCACCAGCUGCUGACCGAGGCAACUCGCGGCAGUAUUGGUGCAAAGGAGCUCCAACUCAUGAAGUCUAGCGCUGUGUUGAUCAACACUGGUCGAGGCGAGUUGGUCGACCAAGACGCGCUCGUGGAGGCGCUCAAGGGCAAGGCAAUCGCGGCUGCUGGCUUGGACGUGACCACCCCUGAACCGCUCUCUCCUACUCACCCGCUGUUCUCGCUCGACAAUUGCGUCGUGAUGCCGCACAUUGGCUCAGCCACGGUCAAAACUCGCCAAGCCAUGGCUGAUAUCGCCGUUGCUAAUCUCGCUGCUGGCGUUCUUGACGAUGAGCUGCCACACGGGGUGUGCUAG